AUGUCGCCCCGCUCGCCGCCCUCCCCACACAUGCACCCGGCCAAGCGGCCAAGGAUGGACAAGGACUCGCCAGGCCAGACAAUCACGGCAGGCCCCUCACCGGCCGCUAGCAGCGAGCAGCAGGAUAUGGCAUUUUCUGCUGGGGCGUCGACGCCCACCAAGGUCGGCCAGAGCAGCAGCUUCCGCAAUGUCAGCGCCUGCAACAGGUGCCGUCUGCGUAAGAACAGGUGUGACCAGAAGCUGCCCAGCUGUGCGAGCUGUGAGAAGGCUAAUGUUGCGUGUGUGGGCUAUGAUGCCAUCACUAAGAGGGAGAUACCACGAAGCUACGUCUUCUACCUCGAAAACAGGGUCGAGCACCUCGAGUCUCUGCUACGGGCCAAGAACAUCCCCUUCCCGUCCGCCGAUAACCUCGAGUACUGCUCGCGCAUGGCCGCCGCUGCCGACUCCGUCUCAGUCCGCUCACCCACCGAGUCCUCUAUCGCCGCCGCCCUCCCCCCUCCUCCGGCGGCCUCCGACACCCUGGACGGCACCCCGGCCGUGCCUGGCAGCGAGAGGGGCGGCGAUGAGGCUAGACUGCAAAGGCUUGUGUCGAGAGCCGACAUCACCCAAGGCAAGGAGGUCACUGCCAACCCACGCUACCUGGGCUCGGCCUCGGGCGUCUCGUUUGCGCGGGUCGUCUUCGCCGCGGUCCAGUCCUCGGUCAGCGAGAACAAGUCGACCUCGGACAAAGCAGGCGUGCGGCCCUCGAAACCCCUCGCGACGGCUGGAGGCGGCACCACGAUGCGCGACUCCUUCUUUGGCCUGCACACCAAGCCCACCAUCAACCCGGCCCCGUUCCCUGAUAAGGAUGUCGCCACCGCCCUCGUCAGCCUGUACUUUGAGCACGCCAAUCCCCAGAUCCCCAUCUUGCACAGGGUCGAGUUCGGCAGGAUGUUCGAGCAGGCCUACGACCCAGACCACCCCCGGCGCGGCCACAGGGAGCUUUACAUGCUCAACAUGGUCUUCGCCAUCGGCAGCGGCAUCAUCAUGGGCGCCACCGCCAGCAGCAGGUCCGACACGAGCAACAGUGCCGCCAAGCCAGGCGAGGGCCGCAUGUCCUCCAAGCAGGCCCAGCCUGAGGAGUACCACGCCAGCGCCAUCGUCCACCUCGAGGCCUGCCUCAACAACAGCGGCGGCGGCCUCGAGGAGCUACAGGCCGUGCUCCUCCUCGCCAAUUUUGCCCUGCUGCGCCCUGUGCCCCCAGGCCUCUGGUACAUUGUCGGUGUCGCCGUGCGCCUCGCCGUCGACCUCGGCCUGCACUACGAGGACGGCAAAGACGUUGAUGACGGCCUGCGGAGGGAGUCGGCGCUCCAGGCCGGCGACGACGGCCGUCAGCGGGAACGAGGAAGGAGGGAGUUCGUCAGGGACCUCAGACGCCGCCUGUGGUGGUCCACCUACUCGUUCGACCGGCUCGUGAGCAUCUGCGUCGGACGGCCCUUUGGCAUCUCGGACCAGGUUAUCACCACCGAGUUCCCCUCCGUUCUCGACGACGACCUGAUCACACCCGAGGGCUUCCAAGAGCCGGGCCCCGACGUGGUCGGCCAGCCCACGUACAAACUCGUAGCCCACCACUACUUCCGCCUGCGCCUCUUGCAGUCCGAGAUCCUCCAGGUUCUGCAGUACCAGCAGGCCCAGGCCGCAAGGGCCUCGGGUCAGAACGUCAGAAACCCUUACAUGCACACCACCCUGCCUUCGCCCUUCCUCUCGCGCUUUGAGUCCUUCCGUUCCUGGCGCAUCGAUAUCGACAAGAGGCUGUACGAGUGGAAGAUGAACGCCCCGACCAAGCAGCACACUGGCGUCGGCUUCUCCACCGAGUUCCUCGACCUCAACUACUGGCAGGCCAUCGUUAUGCUCUACCGCCAGAGCCUGAGUGUCCCCUCCAUGUUUGAGGGCGAGUACAACACCUCCAUGGAAAUGCAGCACAGCCCUAACCUACCCAACAGCGGCGGCGGCGGCGGCGGCGGCGGCGGCGGCGGUGUGACUGGUGAGCUGCGCGAGGACGAGGACAGGGUGUACCUCAAGGUGGCCGAGGCAGGACAAAAGAUCAUGCGCCUGUACAGACAGCUGCACCUCGCGGGCGUGCUCAACUAUACCUAUCUGGCCACUCACCACAUCUUCAUGGCUGGCAUCUCGUACCUGUACGCCAUCUGGCAUUCUCCCAUCGUGCGAAGCCGACUCACUCUGGAUGAGGUUGACUUCACCGUGCUCGCCGCCACGUCCGUCUUUGGAGACCUCAGCGAGAAGUGCCCACCAGCCGAGGCGUGUCGUGAUGCCAUCGACAGGACGGCCAAGGCUACGAUCCGGAUGGCCAACUCAACAGGUGGCUUCGGCCAGGUGGUCCCACCCAGGUCCAGUGGCAGCUUGUCCGAGCAGCGUGACUGGGCGCAGAGAAGCGACAGCGUUUCCAGCAGCAGAGGCUACCGCGCACCACCGACGCCACUACCUCAUCAUCACCAUCAGAACAAUCAACAACACCAUCAGCAUCACCAACACCAACACCAACACCAUUACAACAGCAACAGUGACUCCCCCCAGACCCGCAGGCCGUCCUCACAACAUCAGCAUGGCCUGCCCAGCAUCAGCGACGUCUACACCACCCACACGUCCCCCGGUCCUCAACUCCCGCCCAUCCAGACCACCGUUCCCCCUGGUCCUUACCGCAUGAACUCCCUUCCCAACCUCAAGGCCGAGCUGGACGGCUUUUCCAUGAUGCGAAAUAUUCCAGCCCCAACGCGGAGCAACGCCAGCGACAAUAUCAGCGCCGCCGCCGCCGUCGCAGCAGCAGCAGCAGCAGCAGCAUCAGCCGGCAGCCCCGAAACCUCCGCCAUCGACCCUUCCCUCCUCCCAACAUGGCGGCAUAUCUUGCAGCGGCGGCGGUCGCGGCAUCGCAAGCGUCACAGCCCCAACAGCAGCCGGCUGUGGGGCGGCGGAGCAGGCGGCCUAGGGCCCUUUGGCGACCUGUCCGCGAUAGGAUUUCUCGGUGGCACGGGCUUGAACGGUGCCGACAUGGACGAGAAUGCGGCGAAUGUGGACCUGGGCUUUGGGCUGGGGUGGGAAGGCUUGCAUCAUGAUUUUAGUGAUGGGCAGCAGUAUGACUUGUUUGAUGGUUUCUUCUUUGGUGGACAACAGGGGGGGCAAGGAGGACAGCAGGGGAAUGGGGGAAUGGGUGGUGCUAAUGGGGAGCUGUGAAAUUUGAGGGGAUGAUGGAUGGGACGAUUGACGAUGAUAAAUACCUUUAUUGACAUAUACAUAUUGUGUACAUAUAUAUGUUUCUACAUAUACAUACAUAUAUGUAUAUACUGGCAGGGGAAAGUGGGCAAAGGAUGACUUUGGUGUUCAAGCAGGCGGACCAAUCAUGACUGGGUGGUGAUGGUGGUGGUGGGCGGCGGAGGCGGCAAACAUCGACUGUCUUGCCUUGACGGUAUGGAUCAACAGCGAACAACAAUCAUCAUCAUC